AUGUCUCGUCAUCUUGUUCGUUCGUUUAUCUUGGCCACGGUCCUGAGCCCUCUCGUUAAUGCAGGACCAUGUCGCCCUUCUCAGAUUUCCGCCUCAAGCGUUGCUGAGAGUUUGACCCAGAGUGCCUCAUUGCCGGCAAUUACGUCUUCUUCUGUCCUCACCGAGACGGGCUUGUACUCUGAUACCACCUCCGAGGACACUUCUACCGCGAUCUUUUCGACACAUGACGAGCCCGACUACGAGACUGCGACUACCUCUGCUCUCUCGAUAGUCGUCAUUCUCACUACUAGCGAGACGAUAUCAUCCCUUGCUGUCUCGACAGAUACAUACACGGCCUUUAGUGAGACGGAAACAUUAACCGCGACAACCAAUGACCAUCUCCCGACAACUAUGACUGAUGCUUCUUCAACUACAUCUGAGCCCGAGCCCGAGCCCAGCUGCAAAGAUGGCUUCAAGAACCCCUUGCCCGAACACACUGUUUGUAACUUGAAGGGCGGCGCUACUGGAGAUCUUACAAAGAUUGCUGACGGCCCUGGCCUAGUUGAUGGGGUGGAAGAAUGUCGCGCCGCCUGCAAAGAGCUCGAUGGCUGCGAUUCAUUUGUUCUCUUCAGUGGCCAGCCUUGCGCAUUGUUCUCUGGUCGCCCUGACUUUGUAUCUGUCGUCAGCUCUUCCUCAGUAACAUGGUUCGAUAUGAACUGUUUUUGCGAAGAGGAAACCACGAUGCCAGAGCCCCAACCUGAGCCUGAAUCCAACUGCAAGAACAGCCUCAAGAAUCCCCUUCCUGAUGCUAAGAUCUGCGGCAAGAAAGGCACCGCUACAGGUGGCGUUCAGUCCCUUGCUACUGGAGACAGGGGCUCGUUGGAGACGUGCUUCAAAUCUUGCAAAAACAAUCCCCAGUGCGAGUCUGUUGUCUGGAAGCAGGAUCUACUCUGUACCUUAUGGUCAGGCCGACCACUGGAUGUACAGGCCUCUCAAGCGGACUCUGAGUGGUAUGACAUCGACUGUUUUUGCGAACAAGAGAUCAAGGAAGACGAACCGAGCUGCAAACGUUCAGAGGAUGCGGUUUGCGGAAUAAUGGGAGACGCACUUCCCACGAUGCAUUAUUAUGGUGAGGGACCUAAAGACUCGCUUAUAGAAUGCGCCGAUGCUUGUAGUGCAAACGAUAGUUGUGGCUUCUUUAUGUUCGAGGAUAAGAUCUCUUGCGAUAUGUAUACUGGUGUGCUUUCCCGUACAAAUGGCAGGGCGACUUAUCAGAAGUGGUAUGACGCGACCUGCUUUUGCGGAGAGGAAAUCCGCCCAUUGGGCUAA